CCCCGUUAAUUGCUAAUUAUCGCCAAGACGUUUUAAUGUCCCGAACGGAAAAGCGCUUCCUGCGAUGGCCGUGUCCCAUAAAGCUGCUCUGGGCCGAACGCUGAUGCUGGCGCUCGCGCUCCUCUCACCUGCCUUCACUGUGUUGUGCAAUGACAUCCUUGGCCUGAAGGUGGCAGGAGAUCCAGUUUUGACCCCCAAUGCAGUGUGUUUAAGACUGGCAGGCUUGACUAAGCGCCAGAUGAGGUUGUGCGUCCGGAACCCCGAUGUGACGGCCUCUGCCUUACAGGGCAUACAAGUGGCCAUUCACGAAUGCCAAUACCAGCUCAAAAACCAACGCUGGAACUGCUCUACACUGGAGAACCAUGGCAAGGUGCCACACCAAAGCACCAUCCUCAGCAGGGGUUUCAGAGAGAGUGCCUUCUCCCUGGCUCUGCUAGCAGCUGGUGUGGCUCAUUCUGUGGCUUCAGCCUGCAGCAUGGGCAAGUUGCGUGGCUGUGGCUGUGAUGCUAAGCGCCGGAUAGACGACGACAAAAUCCGCCUCAAGCUAACUCAGCUGCAGCUACAGACACUGCAGAGGAAUGGGUUAAAGCAUGCGCCUGAGUUUAAAACAAACCACAGCAAGCUACCAUCUUACCUGCACUCCUCCCAUCCCGGGACAGUCCUCAAACCAGAGGAACUCACAACACUGCAGGAGACCUGGGAGUGGGGAGGCUGUAGCCAUGACCUUCGCUUUGGUGUCCGCUUUUCCAGGGACUGGUUGGACUCCAGAGGUUCAUCUCGUGAUAUACAUGCCCGAAUGAAGAUGCACAACAAUCGAGUUGGCAGGCAGAUAGUGACAGACAACAUGAACAGGAAGUGCAAAUGUCAUGGCACCUCAGGAAGCUGCCAGUUCAAGACCUGCUGGUAUGUGUCUCCUGAGUUCCGGCUGGUGGGUUCCCUGCUGCGACAAAAGUUCCAAUCUGCUGUCUUCAUCAACUCACAGAACAAGAACAGUGGUGUGUUUAACCCACGUAUAGCAGCAGGGGCAGCCGGGUCGGAGCAUGGCAGGACUCGGCGGCGCAGUCUCUCCAGGGAGUUGGUUUACUUUGAGAAAUCCCCUGACUUUUGUGAACGUGAUGCAUCUGUGGACUCGCCUGGCACUCAGGGCCGUAUCUGCAACAAGAGUAGUCCAGGAAUGGACGCAUGCGACUCGCUGUGCUGUGGCCGCGGCCACAACAUCCUGAGGCAGACGCGCAGUGAGCGCUGCCACUGCCGCUUCCACUGGUGUUGCUACGUGCUGUGUGAUGAGUGCAGGGUCACAGAGUGGGUCAACGUGUGCAAGUGAACAUCCCUCUCCCUUGACCUAAUCAUCGGCUGGAGACAUUGGACAAGUGGGGGCGAAAGGCAUAAGCCUUCAUCUCUCACACCAAGUGUGUUCAAGAGUAUCAAUUUAGCCACUUCUUCCUUACAGCCCUCUCAUCUGGGUUCCAUUUGCUUUGUGUGGCUGUUGUUAUUCUACAAAUGCCAAGUCAACAGACUGAAGAGAGGAGUGACUCAUGUCAUUUGUCUUUGUUUCCCCUGUUUGGGCUCUUCAGCCAUGAAAAUGCCCCGAACACCAUCUGUGUUCUUCACA